UUAACCUCUUCGACGCUGAUCUCUCUUAAGAGAUCUUUCGUCGGGUCAAAAGUCAAAACUCUUCUUGAUUUCCUUCCAAAAUGCCGUAAAAUUCCAGAUUCGUUUGCUCGUUCCCAGAAGGUCAAAAUCAGAUCUUUUCGUGUUUUAUCAGGGUGUUAAUCCCUAGCUCCCCCUUUGGAUCUCAAUCUCUAUCAGUUUGUAGCUCAAAUUUGUUACUCUGAUCUAAAUGUUAGGUUUUUUCAAUCUGUAUAACUUUGUAUCUUCUCUUGGGAAUGUACUGAUUCGCAGCCACUUGCUGAGCGCUUGAUUGAAUUCCAUCUGAGUGUGAUCUAUUUACUCAAAUUUUCAAUCUUGUAUUAGUUUCAUUUUGCUUUUUGAAGUAUUUUUAUGGAUUUUAUGAUAGCUCUUGUUUUCUAAAUUUGUGAGAGUUCAUGUCACCAUGAACAAUCAGCCUUUUGGUCCUGGAAGUCCCAAAGCUUUUCAUGCUUACCCAAGAGGUGACUUUGACUUAGAAUCUGGGACUUUCAGAAAGCAUCGGAAACUGAAAAAUUCAGAUCCUGGUAUCAUUAGGAUGAUGAAAUCUUUAGGGAACCGCAUCCGUUAUUUCUUCAAGCUACACCCUCUUGCCAUUUUCCUACUCUCUUUGUGUUUUGGCUUGAUUGUGUUGGUGGUUCUUUCCAUAUAUGAGGAUCGGUUUAGAGCCAUGGUUUCACAGAAUGGUAAGCUAGGAUUAGGUUCGAAUUCCUAUCCUUUGGCCAAUCUUCAAAAUCUUGUUAUGGUUGCGGGGCAUUCAAUUUACACAAGUGUAAAUUGUGGGAGAAUUGAUAGCGAAGAUUCUUGGUUCUUGGAGCCAUACCAGAAACAUCCAGGCCAAGCUGCUACAUUUGUUACACAUAUCAAAGAUGGGGUGGAGGCUGUAGCAAAAGAUGAGAGGGCUCUUCUUUUGUUUAGUGGUGGGGAAACUCGAAAAGAUGCUGGCCCUCUUAGUGAGGCUCAAAGUUAUUGGUCUGUUGCAGAAUCAAAAGGAUGGUUUGGGGAAAAAGAGAAUGUGAGAAACAGAGCACUGACUGAGGAACAUGCCCGGGACAGCUUUGAGAAUCUUCUUUUCAGUGUCUGUCGUUUUCGUGAGCUCACUGGAAGUUAUCCUCAGAAUAUCACGGUCAUCAGCUAUGAUUUUAAGGAGGAGCGGUUUGCUCACUUGCACCGUUCAGCGAUCGGUUUUCCCGAAUCAAGAUUUUUCUUCCACGGUACUCCCACCACCGAAGAUUCUAAAGAAGCCGCAAUGAAAGGUGAAGCAUUGGUGAGGUCUCAGUCCGAAGAAGACCCUUACGGUUGCCUAAGCUCACUUCAUCGAAAGAGACUCAAAAGGGACCCUUUUCACCGGGACAUCCCUUAUCCUAAUGGAUGCCCUGAGCUUAAAGGCUUAUUUAGCUACUGUGGUUCUGCUCCUUAUCCCGGAACCCUUCCAUGGUUAUCAUAAUAAGUUCCAACUUGAACUUAAUUUUUCAAUCUGAUCCACUAAUUAGUAAUUACUCGAGUUGUUUGUAAGAUCUGUGAAAUUCAGUAUAUGUUAUGAACAUCAUCUGUAAACGCAUGUGAGACUGGAAGAAGGCAUAAAAAUCAUCUUUGGAAUCUCA